AUGUUAUUCCAACCGCUCCUCCUUGCAUCGCUGGCCCUGGCCGCCGCAGCAACGAAUUACAAGCACUUCGAUUGCGGCACCAACGUCGACGCCGCCACGAAAGAGUUCAUGUCCACCCUCAACGACCUCCACACCGCCGACAAAGCCGGCUCCCGCGCCGCCCGCGCCGCCCUGCUGGCCCGCGACGGCGCCAAUGCCGCCAUCAAAGUCGACGCCGUCUUCCACAUCAUCGCCACGGCGGCCAAGAAAGACGACAUCACGCCCGACAUGCCGUCGAAGCAGCUCGACGCGCUCAACACGGCCUACGCGCCGUACCAAGUCGCCUUCAACCUGCUCAACAUCACCUGGACCGUCAACGACACGUGGGCCGUGGGCACCGCGGGCGCCGACGACCGCGCCAUGAAGCCGGCGCUGCGCCAGGGCUCGUACCGCACGCUGAACCUCUACUUCCAGACGGACCUCGCGGGGUCGGUGCUGGGCAAGUGCACGCUGCCGUCGUCGAUUGGGCCGGGCACGCCGAGCCCGGCGGUGUACGCGAACGACGGGUGCAAUGGGGGGGGCGGGUAUGAUCAGGGCAUGACGGCGGUGCAUGAGACGGGGCAUUGGCUGGGGUUGCUGCAUGUGUUCGAGGGGUACAGUUGUGCGGGGAGUGGGGAUUUCAUCGAUGAUACGCCCAUGCAGAGUACGAGUACGGAUGGGUGUCCGACGGGGGGGCCGGCGAAGGAUAGUUGUCCCGGCAGUCCUGGGGUGGAUGCGGUGCAUGAUAUUAUGGAUUAUUCGACGGAUGCGUGUUACACGGGGUUCAAGGAUGGGCAGGUGGCAAGGAUGAGGAGUAUGUGGGGGAUGUAUCGGAGUGGGAAGUAG